UCAGCUGGUCUGCGCUCUUCUGACGUGGUCCCCGCACGUCACCGCCGAAUGGCAGCCUCCAGGAAGCCUCCGCGAGUCAGGACGAAUCACCUGGAUUUUCCACUGAGAAACUUAAGAAUAAUUGAUCCACACGAGGUGUUGUACUCAGAUCCAGGUGCAGAAGCAGGUAAUAACUUUGCCUGUAAAUUAGGUUGAAGAUUUCAAGGAUUUCCGACCUCUCUUCCCUUCCACCCCAGCUCACUACCAAGUUGGGAGAGAAGCGAAGACGGCAGAAUGGCUCCAAAAAUAACGACGGAGCUGCUCCGGCAGCUGAGACAAGCCAUGAGGAGCUGCGAGUCUGUGACAGAGCCGAUUCAGGCCUACAUCGUGCCGUCGGGUGACGCCCACCAGAGCGAGUACAUUGCCCCAUGCGACUGCCGGCGGGCCUUCAUCUCUGGAUUCGACGGCUCUGCGGGCACAGCCAUCAUCACAGAGGAGCAUGCGGCCAUGUGGACCGACGGGCGCUACUUCCUCCAGGCCGCCAAGCAGAUGGACAACAACUGGAUGCUCAUGAAGAUGGGUCUGAAGGACACACCGACUCAGGAAGACUGGCUGGUGAGCGUACUUCCUGAAGGAUCCCGCGUUGGGGUGGACCCACUGAUCAUUCCCACAGAUUACUGGAAGAAGAUGGCCAAGGUCCUGAGAGGCGCCGGCCACCACCUCGUUUCCAUCAAGGAGAACCUCGUCGACAAAAUCUGGACGGACCGCCCUGAGCGCCCAUGCAAGCCCCUCCUCACUCUGGGCCUGGAUUACACAGGGAUCUCAUGGAAGGAAAAGGUUGCUGACCUCCGGUUGAAAAUGUCUGAGAGGAACGUCGUGUGGUUUGUGGUCACGGCCCUGGAUGAAAUAGCAUGGCUAUUCAACCUGCGAGGAUCAGAUGUGGAGCACAAUCCGGUGUUUUUCUCCUACGCCAUCAUAGGCUUAGAGACAAUCAUGCUCUUCAUUGACGGUGACCGCAUAGAUGCUCCCAAUGUGAAGGAGCACCUGCUUCUUGACCUGGGCCCGGACACUGAGUACAAAAUCCAGGUGGUUCCUUACAACUCCAUCCUGAGCAAGCUCAAGACCCUGUGUGCUGCCCUCUCCCUGAGGGAGAAGGUGUGGGUCAGCGACAAGGCCAGCUAUGCUGUGAGCGAGGCCAUCCCGAAGGGUCAUCGCUGCUGUAUGCCUUAUACCCCCAUCUGCAUCGCGAAAGCUGUGAAAAAUUCUGCUGAAUCCGAAGGCAUGCGGCAAGCCCACAUCAAAGACGCCGUUGCCCUCUGUGAACUCUUCAACUGGCUGGAGAACGAGGUUCCCAAAGGCGGCGUGACGGAGAUUGGGGCUGCGGACAAAGCUGAGGAAUUCCGCAGGCAGCAGGCUGACUUUGUGGACCUGAGCUUCCCAACGAUUUCCAGUACGGGACCCAACGGCGCCAUCAUCCACUACGCGCCAGUGCCUGAGACGAAUAGGACCCUGUCCCUGGAGGAGGUGUACCUCAUUGACUCAGGUGCUCAGUACAAGGAUGGAACCACAGAUGUGACGCGGACCAUGCACUUUGGGACCCCAACAGCCUACGAGAAGGAGUGCUUCACCUAUGUCCUCAAGGGUCACAUCGCCGUCAGUGCCGCCGUUUUCCCGACUGGAACCAAAGGCCACCUUCUCGACUCCUUUGCCCGCUCAGCCCUGUGGGAUUCCGGCCUAGAUUACCUGCACGGCACAGGCCACGGUGUUGGGUCCUUUCUGAACGUCCACGAGGGUCCCUGUGGCAUCAGCUACAAGACGUUUUCCGAUGAGCCCCUGGAGGCGGGCAUGAUCGUCACCGAUGAACCUGGCUACUAUGAAGACGGGGCUUUUGGAAUUCGCAUUGAGAAUGUUGUCCUAGUGGUUCCUGUGAAGACCAAGUAUAACUUCAAUAACCGGGGAAGCCUGACCUUUGAACCUCUAACUUUGGUUCCAAUACAGACCAAAAUGAUAGACGUGGAUUGUCUCACAGACAAAGAGUGCAACUGGCUCAACAGCUACCACCAGACCUGCAGGGACGUGAUCGGGACGGAGCUGCAGAAGCAGGGUCGCCAGGAGGCCCUGGAGUGGCUCAUCCGAGAGACGCAGCCCAUCCGCAGACAGCACUGACAUGGCCCUGGGCGUGGCUUUUCUAAGCAGCUCGGGGGACCGGGAGUGACGUGGCAGGCCCAGGCCAUCCUCCCCUUUUGCCUCCUCUUUCCCUCCCCCCUUUUCACUUUUAGACUCUUGAGAAGAAUCAAAAACCUUCUUUUACCCUCUUUGAUAAUUUCUUGCAACCACUCGGUCUUAUGAUUUUUAAAAAUUGUUGAGAAUGAGCCAAAAAUAAAAAUGCUGUCCCGGAAGCAGGGGCCCCACAAAGCUGAACAGGGGGCCGGGGCGCCCUCUGGCCAACGUAGUGGAGCGGAGCGCUCUGUGGCGGGCAGGCUCCAGGUGCUAGUGUCUCCCUCCCGGUCACCCUCAUGCCCAUGGGAUUCUAUUUAUGGCCAGUGAAUACACACCUCAGAACUCUGCUCUGGCUACUUGUCUCUGUCUGCAUCGUGCUGUCCCCUGCCGGUCAGGCGAGCUGACCUCCAGGGCAGGGGUCUCAGACAAACGUCGCCCAGCUGGAAGGCCCCCUCUGGGUGAGCGCCCUGGCUUCCCUUUGCUUUGUCUGGCUCCAUUGUGCAUCUCUUUCUUCGCUUUAUAAAAAUCGUAUUAUUUUGGUGAGUAUUUUUAUUA